UGCUAAGGAAGUGCAGACGCUCCUAAGCAGUGUAGUGUGGGCCUUAGCCUGCCGCAGUCGGCUUUAGCGUGUCUAAAAGUGUCUAAAAACAGAAGUGGAUGUAAGUCUUUCACGUUACAUGUAACCGAGACAACUGACGAGCAGCGGACUGACAAUGGGAGCAAACAACAGCACCCGCCGCGUGUCAUUUGAGUCAGACGAGAACGAGAAUAUAACAGUGGUGAAGGGCAUACGGCUUUCCGAGAACGUCAUCAAGCGCAUGAGGGAACCCGCAGACCCUCCACAAAAACAACAUCAUGCUCCCACUCCACCGCCAUCCACGGCACCUCCCCUAGCUCCUUCUCUCCUCCGGCCAGUGCCUCCCCUCUUUGACCCGAUCACCUCCUUGCCUCCCCCUCCUCGUGUAGAACCUGUUACACCUCCAGCUCCUCCUCCUCCAGUUCCAUCUGCCACAGAGACUGUGGCUGCAUCUCCACCAUCUCCUCCUCCUCCUCCUGCAGAACAGCCCACAGUGGAACCAGCAUCACCUGCUGCGGUCCCUGAGUCCAGUCCAGUCCCACCACCUGCUGCUGCACCAGUGGAUGAGGAGGCCCUGAGGAAGAAGAUCACUGAUGAGCUGUAUAAAGGCUUGGAGCAAGACAGGGCCAAAGCAGAGCAAGAACUGCAAGCCUGGUUAGAGAGGGAGAAGGCCCGGGUAUCGGCACAGGCUCAGGCUGAGGCUAACUCCCAAGUCCAGGAUGAAGUGUCCAGGAUCCUCUGUCUGGAGCGUGCUGUGGGCGAGGAAAGUCUCCAGCAGGCUGUUAUCAGGGAGAGGAUUGCCACCGAGGAUCAGAGGCUCCGUGCUCAACUAUUUGAGAUUGGACGCAAGGCCAAGCAGCUGGAGGCUAGGGAAGCAGAUCUAAGGAAGCAGGAUGCUUUCUACAGAGAACAGGUGGCCCGGCUCGAAGAGAGGAGCGCUCAGUUCUACAAGGUCACCACUGACAACUACCAUACAGCUGCAGACCAAGUCAAUGCCAAAUUCAGGAGGUAUGAGAUGUAUCCUGUGUGUCCAGACCUGCAAGGCAAGAUCCUCACCUGCUACAAAGAGAAUGUUGGGAAAACCCUCAACUGCUCCAGCAUCGCGGCUCAGUACCUUGCAUGUGUCAACGAAGCUAAACAGAACAAGCUGAGGACUGGAGGUUAAAGCCGAGGGAGGAAGAAAGAAGGAGCAACGAAGAGUUUAUUGUGGGGGAUUACUGAUUAUCGAGCGACUGACGGCCAGACUAAACACAAAUGAAGGAAGAGAGGAAUGAGUCAGCACCAGGACACACAACCUCAGAACCCCGUGGAGAACCGAACCAGACUAGAGGCACUGAACACAGCACCCUGAGAGAGACCCUUUUCUCUUUCCCCACCUCUUUUACCCUUUGUAUUGUGAGUACAACAGGGGGGCGGUGACACUGUCCGACAUCCUGAAGACAGCAGGGACCAACAGGGUCCAGCAGGCCUGAGCUUGGCCCUCUGAAAGGACAAUAAAUAUCAACCAGGACCACCUCAAGAAAGCCACCCAGCUCUGUCACGAGUCACUUGGAUCCAUCCCCGCUCACUCCAACACUUAGAAACAUGAAAGUCUAUUUUUACUAGUCAGCCCUGUUUUGUUGUCUCAUCCUUUUCCUGCCCCUAAUGCAUUGCCAUGUACACGAACGCACCUCUUUCUUCUUUGUGUGACUUUUUGUGAUGUUAAUAAUGUAACUGUGUUGCGCAUUCAUCCAGACCAACACUUGUGAAAACGUCUGAUCAGAGGCAAAUAAAAAAAGACGAAACCA